AUGUCUAAUCAAGAACUAUCUUUGAUUUUUCCUCUGUUGUUUAUCUGCUUCUUCAAGGAAAGCUUCUGCAUUUGUGAUGGAACUACCUGGACAAAGGUUGGAUGGGAGAUUUUUCCAGAAGAAGUACACGAUCUGAAAGUUAAGCCUUCUUCAUUUCAUUGUCUACCUUACCCUCUGAACAAACUAUGCUGCAACUUCGCUAACAUGGAUAUAUUUCAGGGUUGUUUACAUCUCAUUUAUAUUUUAGCACAAGCUCUCGUUUUAAUCCUGUCUGUUUUAUCUGUGCAUUACCUGUGGAUGAAAUGGAAGAAACACAAAAAAAAGCUGAAAAAACAAGCCUCCUUAGGUAAAUUUAGUAAUGAUCUAGAAAGUCCAUCCAUCUAUGACAUUGACCAAAUACUCUGCAGACUGGUGGCCACAACAUCACUCGUGGCCAAGUACCUGAAUCAGGUGUCCGACCAUCCUCCCGCUAAGAGAGUUAAGCACCGCAAAUUCAAGAAGAGUGAAGGAGGAGACGGAGCCAAAGGACACUAAACAUAUGCAAAUACAGCUCAAAUAUGGUAAUUGCAAAAGAAAUCUAUUGAGAGAACUCAUUUAAGGAUAAAAACGAUUCUUUGCAAUUUUCUUUGCACAAUCUUUACUGAAAUUUUCCAAAGAAGUCUGGGUUUAAAUGUUAUUUCCAUUCAACUGAAAAAGAAUUUAUUCUUACUAAGUACUGGUAAAAAGACUGUAUACUAUCACUGCUACAUGUGUAAAUAUUUCAUUCUUUUUGAUGUGUUAUAUUACUAAUCAUUAACCAAUAUGUAGAACAGAAGCUUAGUUUAGUUUUUCAAUAAAUCUCUGAUUUAAAUAAUA